AUGGCCCGAAUCGUGGACCUGGUGCCCUGGGACGACAGCUGCUCCUUCACUUAUGCGUCCCCUGCCAUCCUGCUCCCUGUGGAACCACAGCGCCACUCUCUGGCCAGCGUGAAGCAUCAGCUCUACCACCCGGCCCUGCCCAGCCUGCGCCGCAUGGACAUGGACAACGUCAGGGCCUGCCUCUCGGAUGAGCACUGUCAAUCCAGCACCUACUGCAGCAGAGAUGAGUUUGACAAUGCCCACUGUACCCUCCUCGGGAUCCCCAACAAGCCCCUGCAAUGCUUGGACUUCACAGCGACUGGCCAGAAACUCCGCUCCAGGCACCGUGCGGGGAAGCUGGCGCCCAUCGCUCCGGGUAUCAACCGGGUGGACUGGCCCUGCUACACGCGCGCCAUCGAGGACUGGUCCCGCUUUGUCUCCUCGGCUGGGGAGUUCAAGCUGCCCUGCUUAGACAAGACGGUGGACAGCUUCAGCGGCUACGCAGUUCGUCACUUGAAGCCGCAUGUGACCCAGUCCUGGCGGCGCCGACGGAGGUGCGCCGACGGAGGUGCGCCCCCACCUCCGGCUCACGGACCUCCCCUCCUCUGGCUCCCUCAGUUCCACCUCAACCAGAACCCCAGCCUGGACCGAUAUGGACAGAAGCCCCUGCCUUUUGACUCCUUGAAUACAUUCCGGCGCUUCGGCUCCCUCUACAGUCGUCUCAACUACCUGCCCCCCUGGCGUUAACCUGGGAAGAGAAGGCUGGCCCCCAAGCUGCCCGACUGUGCC